AUUUUACUCCACUCUUAAUAAUUAAAAAAGAAAACUACUACUACCAUGCAACACAUCGAUGAAAAGAAGUUAUAUACUGAUGACAAGUAUCGUUUUGAAUAUGUAGCUGCCUACAUGGGUUUCGGUGAAAAGGAUAUUAAGGCUAUUGAAAGUGUAGCUGAAAGAAUGCGUCCCCUUGUACCUGCUAUCGUUGACUCUGUCUAUGUCAAGCAAUUUGAAUUUGAUAUCACCAAGAGAUAUUUCUUGCCCAAGAACGAAGGCUUUACUGGUGAAGUUGCUAACUCUUUGGAUGAAUUAACUUUAGAUCAUCCUCAAAUUCAGUUCCGUAAGAACUUUUUGGGUAAGUACUUGCUUCGUAUCCUUAAGGGUCCUUAUGAUGAUCGUUUCCUCAAGUAUCUUGACUGGGUUGCUAAGAUCCAUACUGAUACCCCCGAAAAGAAGAGUAAGAUUAAUGUUGACUACGUUCACGUUAAUGCCUUGAUGGGUUUUGUUGAAUCUGCUAUUAUUAAUGGCGUUGUUCAAUUGGGCUUGGAUCGUGAAGAAGAAGCUGUUGUAUUGAGUGCAUUUAACAAGUUAAUGUGGAUUCAAAAUGAUUACUAUGCCAAAUACUAUAUGAAUCCUUAUUUCAAUGAAGCUAUGCAAAAGAAGUUUGCAGCUGAAAAGAAGGCACAAAAGUCUAGCACAAAUCUCUUUAGUGACUUGAAUAUCAUUUCUAUUCUUAUUGGUAUUAUUGCUGGUGGUUUGGGUGUCUGGAUGUCUUGUAACAAAAAUUAAUUAUUUAUUUUGUAAUUUUAUAUUUCACUUUUAAUGUAUAAUAAUAAAUAUUAUCUACACUUGUAUAAAUUAUCAUUAUAAACCAAGCUUUUUUUUAUUUUUCUUAAUGCCAAAAAAAUAAAUAAAUAAACAAAUAGAG